CGUCCCGUUUGGUAGUAAACAAAAAACACUCAAGGAAAUAUAAAACUGUAACUUCACAACUCCCAUAGACCGUUGUUAAUUGUUUAAAACACGAUCAGGAUAUUUGGAACUUAUGUGCUGAAGGUGUCCCAUCUUCCCCACUCUACUAUAUCCAAUCUUACCCGACAGCACUAUUCAAACUGUGUGAAAUUUAAAAUAAACCAUGUUUCGAGUACCUGUAGCCGGCGCAAGGAGUGGUCACUAUGUUAAAUUCUUUGUGAAAUCCGAUUUUAAAAUCGAUCAUCGCGUACGUGGUGUGGAACUCAACACCCGGUAAUUACCAGGUUGCUUUUAAAGAUUUAGUUUCUUUGUUGGUAUCACGAGAACUUCGCCAAAAUUCUACGCUUGCGAUGAUAAAUUUUGCCCAAGGCAAUAUUCGUAAUCAGAUGCGAUAGCAGGCGAUGAUAUAUACACUUGGUAUCGUAAUACAAGACGUAUAGAUAUGCCUCUGCCAGGUCAAAAGCAAAGGAAACUGUUCUUUACUAUCUGUGUAGUAUGUCUGCUGUAUAGUUUGCACCUAACCUUCAGGACAGUAACUAGGACUGAGAGGUCGUGCAAUGGACCUUAUGCACUCGAAGCGAAAUGGGCACGGGAUAUUUCAGCAAUGGAAGAGUCAGUUAAAACAUUACAGAAUUCAAUGGGCCGAAAUUUGAAAGGAGGACGAAGGUCUUUUAAAUUGCACGACGACCAUGUAAAGCCGGAAACGGUUAAGACAGAUUACUUUAGCUGCAACGACUUUUACAAGUUGCCUAACACAACUAAAGCAAUCAAAGAAAACAGUAAAGGUAACAGGGGUAUUUCAUUCAUGAAAGUACGGAUUGAUGACGUCACAAUUCCGGUUGUAUUCAAAGAGGCAAACAGAAACUUGCGCACUCUAGCGGACGAGUACAAAUACCACACAGCGAAACGGGAAGUCCAAUACCUGACUGGGUUGCGUGGAUUGCCGGGAAUUCCACGUUUGUUUGGCUCUUGCGUGCAUGAGGAGUCUGUCAAGUACCUUGUGGAACGCAUAGAUGGCUACACAAUAUGCAACGAUAAUGGGACAACCCUCAACUGCUCGGAAGCCAAGUUUAUAAUGGAGAAGGUCGGGAGUUCCCCGGAUCCGAUACUGGCGUCGCUUACACUUGCUUACAGCACGGUUCGACUGUUUAAGUUAUUAGAAGAGCGCCACCUGCUGUUCGAAGAUGUGUCAGGAGUGAAUUUAAUGGUCACGUGGGAUUGGGAACUUAUCCUGGUUGAUGCUGAUUCCUUGGUUUUCUAUAACGAAUCGAGAAUGUUCUCGAAAAUCUACUGCGAGUAUAACGACCAGUGCCCAGGACCGUCAGGCAAUUUGUGGAUAUUUAACUCCCUAAACUCAAGAAUAUACGAGACAUGUAGGGACUUGAGGGGAAUAUGUUUAGAUAACCGGUGUCGUGGGUUCGACGUUGGACUGCAUGCGUGUGGAAUAGCCGAGUGGUAUCUAUGCAAACUAUCCAGAUUCUUGGUAAAAUACAGCCACAUGCAAAACUCUUACAACGAGAUAUGUUCGUGUUUAAGACAACCCGAUCCUGACAAUAGAUGUUCUUUUUCACAUGCAAGCAAUCGAUUAAAGAAGUUAUUACAAGCUUAUAUAUCUAUGCAAUAAAAUCGACACUUUAUAUUAUGUUACUUCUGCUACCAGCAUAUAGUAAAUAUUCUAUCAGCAGCUUAUCUGGUAUGAAAAAAAAACGUAGUGUAUCUCUGAAGUCUUUCCGGUUGGCGGACGAAACGUUGGACAUAUACUACGUUUUUACACCAGAUGAGCCGUUGAAAGAUUGUUUAUUGGUUCUUAUUUACUCCAGCAUCACUGCGUAUUCUGCUACUAUUGACAGAAUAAGAAAUGACCAUGUAAUCGAGGAAAUGUCGACGUUUUGCUAAGACUGAAAAUUGUUGCAAUUUUUCCGUGGAAAAAUUGUGUUUUUUUAAAAAAAAGUCAUUUUCUUAGAGGUUCUUAAGCAAUUAAAUUAAAAUAAUUUUUAAAAAAGUCAUUUUUUAUAGGUUCUUAAACAAUUAAAUUAAAAUAAUUAUUGUCGGUAAAAUUUUUGUAACGAAAAUCCUUAUAUAGUAGGAUGGGGGAAGAUGGGACACCUUUUCAUUCUAUUUUCUCGUACAUUUUGGUAGUAAACAAAGAACAUUCAAAGAGUUAUAAAACCUUGUCCUCGCGACUUUCAUAGGCCGUUUAUUGUUUAAAACACGAUCAGGAUAUUUAUAUAUUUUGUGCUAAAGGUGUCCCGUCUUCCCCCACCCCACUAUAUUCUAUUUGCACAGCAUGUGAUUAUAUCGAAUAAAUGUCGUGUUUGA